GCUACCAUUAGAAGAGGUAUACAGGCCGUCCACCACCUGCUGGGAUAGGUAAUAAAUAAGCGCACAUUAGCAGCUCCAACAACAGACUGCACUCACUCAAAAAAUACUGGGAAAAUAAAUUGAAAUUCUCUAGGGGUCGUGUCUUCCUCGAGCCCACCUCAUAUAAUUACUGCUUGUCUCUUAAAACUAAAGAAUAGCUAUGAUUGCAUCGGUUAAAUCGCCGUUUGCUAGAUGUCAACGGUUAUGCAUGCCGCUUCCUGCACAUUUACGCAAGAGCUCUGCGGCGGUUGGUGCAGGAACAGGAAGUUCCCACUACCAUUCGGGGGAAACCCUAUUCCUCCCAUCCACUGUCUUGGCCUCCAAUCAUAUAUUUCUACAUUUACUGAUAGCCCAAUCAUAUAUAUCAUUAACCCAAGUACAUUUCAAUUAACGAGCCCAAUUGUAUUUUCGCUUCCAUCGCUUCCAUCGCUUGGCUCGCGUUUUUACUCGAGCAUCGACCUCAAAGAAAAGGGGUCGCAAUAAAUCGGAAUGACAUCAGGCGGACCGGGGACAAUCAACUCUAGAUUUGGUUAUGGUUACUUGGCGGGUGGUCCAGACGCACUAGGCAUCCUCGGUUGGCAUCUGGCUUGCCUAAAUCGAGAUGGGUCUAAACC